AUGACAAGCGAAGAACCUGAAAAAAGCAGCGAAUCAAAAGACAUACCUUUUCUCACAUCUCAAAUUCUACCACCCAUAGUGUUGAUAAUAGAAUGUAUUUCCGUUUUCAUUCUCCUCUUAAAUAGAGUAGAAAUUGAUACAGAAGGAGAAUUCUACGACACAAUGAAUGUUUUAUUUUCAUGGAGUGGUGAGAUUCAAAAUUUAGGUCCAGCAAUAUACGCAUUUAUAAAUGCGCAUCCAAAUCAGCAUAUUACAUUUUAUCUUACAACUACUCAAUCAAAAUAUAUACGGAAAUACAGGGCUUAUUUUGACAAAUGGCCUAUUCAUAACGUGAAAUUCUUUUUUGAAGUUCAUCAAACCAAAUACCUUGCCAAAAGAGUUAUUCGUGUGCCAUAUGACGCUUACAUCCGACUUCUUUUCCCAAAUGCACAUCCUGGACUUGAAAGGUUCCUAUAUUUAGACGGCGACGCAAUUGUACUCCAUAACAUCAAUGAUAUGUAUUAUUACGAUUUUCAAAAUAAAUCAGCAAUUGUGAUUUUGGAUCAUCUUUCGGAAUGUGAGGGAUUCAGCAGAUAUUUCAAUUCCGGAGUUAUGAUGUUUAAUAAUUGGAAAUAUGUUCAAGAAAACUUUUUAAAACAGGCUGAAGAUUACUUGAAGUGGCUAGAGAUAAAUAGAGGUGUAUGGUUUAACGAUCAAACUCCUUUGAACAAAAUCUUUGAACAUAAUAGAAUUGAAUUUCCACAAGAUUACAAUGAAUGGAACAUGACAAGAUUUAGUAAAAACACUAAAAUUGCUCACUUUUAUGAUAAUGAUUGGGCUUGUAAGCCAUAUAAGGCUAGUUGUAACCGUACAGAUCUUCCAUUUGAACUAUGGAGAUGUUUUUAUAAGGCUUUUAAAGAGCAACCUAAUCUUUGGCGUUAUAAUAGAAGUACUACAAUCUGUACAAACAAUUUGUUAUAA